AAUGUCCAAGAGAAAACCACGCAACAAAAAAAGAAACAACAAAGCACUGAGCAGAAAAAAUGUGGUAUCUGCAAGUGGGUCCUGGGCAGCCUUGUAUUGAUCACAGUGAUUGGUAGUGUGUUGAUCUACGACACGAAUGUAAACGGAAAAGGUGUGUUUGAACGUUCAGCUACCGGGAAAGUAUUGAAGAAUGCCGGAGUGUUACCGCAUGUGAAGAAUGCUUGGUACAUGUCGAUGGGAGCUGCAGCACGCGGUUACAAAUGGGCCGAACUCCAUGUGCUACCAUACGCGAAGCCUGCUGGCCAGCUGGUGUGUGAUCUCUUCAAAUUGUCACGCAAUGCCGCCUUUAAUAUAUAUGGUGUGUUCUCAGAUUUUGUAACGUCUAAACUACCUGUUGCUGCGAACUUUGUAAGUAAUUGUAUUUUAUGCUAAUUUAUGCACAUUUGU